UGGAGACUGUAGAGUCCUCCUCGGCUCUGUCCAAACAUAACGUGAGCAUUUAGCAGUCUGUCUGUCUGAGCGCUGCUCGGUGCUAAACUGAUUCAUGUUGUUUUUUUAGCCUCCCGUCCCUUUAAACUAGACUAUUUUAUCGAAGAAUGAGCGAUAACGAUGACAUCGAAGUCGACAGUGACGAAGACUCACCGAGAUAUCACUCUGUGGCAGACAAACGGGCACACCACAAUGCGCUGGAGCGCAAGCGUAGGGACCACAUCAAAGACAGCUUUCACAGCCUCCGGGACUCGGUACCCGCCCUGCAGGGAGAAAAGGUUGGUAACGCUCAGCCUGCAGGUCCCCCAGGCACACAAAAGGCUCAUCAGUCUACCAAACAGGCGUCUCGAGCUCAAAUCCUAGACAAAGCCACAGAGUACAUCCAGUACAUGAGGCGAAAAAACCACACACACCAGCAGGACAUCGACGACCUGAAGAGGCAGAACGCUCUGCUGGAACAACAAGUCCGUGCUCUGGAGAAGGUGAAGGGCUCCACUCAGCUCCAAGCCAGCUACUCGUCAUCUGACAGCAGCCUGUACACCAACCCCAAAGGCAGCGCUGUGUCCGCGUUCGACGGGGGCUCCGACUCCAGCUCCGAGUCGGAGGCCGAGGAGCCGCCCAACAGGAAGAAGCUGCGUGUGGAGGCCAGCUAGAAAGCGGAGCGGUUAACACCCCGGCCAAGGUCGAGGAGGCGGGGCACAAGGGAGGGCAAGAGGGGACGCAGCCUUUAAAGCUCUCGAGGCUGAUAAAAUCCCCCUCCCCCCUCUUCACACCAACAACCUCCACCCUCCUCCUCCUCGUCAUCUUUUCUCCUAUAUCUCUGGGUGGGCUCGCACUGGAGACUCAUGACCCCUCAAACCUCCUCUCACCACCGCCACAAUCCUGUCUCUUCCCGCCCGAUCUCUGUAAACAUGCAGGAGGACGGCGGCAGGGUGGAAGGCGACUGCUUCAGUUCAUGUAGAGAGCUUCAGGUUUUUUCCCCUCCUGUCCCACCCUAUUUUUCUUGUUUUUCUUUGGUUCUCCGCCAUCAGUUCCCCCCACCCCGCCCGAGCAACGUCAACAAUCCAAAACCUUAAAAGAGGCAGCUUGGCUACUUAAGGACUUGAUGCUUUUUUUGUACCCUCAUGAAGCCCCCCUCCCCUCCUCCUGCCUGGGUUGUUUUUUUUGGGGGAGGAAGGGCGUGGCAGGCGUACUCCUCCAAGCACUGCUAUAUUAUAUAUUUUCUGUUUAUUUUUGUUAUUCUUGAUAAAAAAAAAAAAAAUCAACCUGUUUAGAAUUUACACACACACCUAGAUAAAUGGUCCUGGAGAAGUUUACCUUUUUGAAAUCUAAAAACAUUUGUAGCUUACUUUUUUUCCACUAAAGAAUGUGAAGACGCUCUGAAGCUAUUGUUUAAGUGAUACCCACCUCAGGCCCACUGGAUCGCAGAUGUUUUCUCUGCCUGACACGUUUGUUAAACACAAAAUGAAUUAAAAAAAAGAAAGAAAACAUGCCUACUUUGUUGAAAUUGAUGUUUUGAAGGAGAAUAUUCCUAAACUUGUAUCGUAUUUCGUCCUUUAGCUUGAAGUAGUGAAUGACCAUAGGUGGCUGAAUACGUUAGGCAUCUCGUUUUAUAUAUUAUGAUUAAAAAAAAAGCUUUGAUUGGAUGUUUUCAACUUCUAAAAGUAUGUUAUGCAUUUUGUAGUAAUUUCACAAGUCAUGGGAAAAUGCCGAUUCGUCACAUGUAGGGUUUGAACUAGGUAUUGAAUGUCAAAGGUAGCUCCUGUUUUUUGCAGUACAAGGAAGCAAAACGAGUCCCUGUCCAUGUGUUGUGCUUUACACAGUAAAAUCAAUGUUGCUGAAUCCCCCCCAAGGAAAAAAAGGAAGCAUUUGCGUGUCUAGGAAACGUGUGUGUAUGUAUAUUGUUUCCAUUUGAUUUCCAUUUAGGAGGAUAUAAUUAGUGUAAUAGGUCUUUGUUUGUCCGAUUCCAUUCCAUGGAAAUUACGAGUAUGUUGUACAUACUGCCAACAAUUGUCUUGCAAGUUGAGGCCUACCUUUACUAUGAGACUAUAAAAUAAACUAUUUUAUCCUUU